UUGCAAGUCCAAGAUCUGGUCUCUGUCGGCGACUACGCUGCUAGCUUGACUUCCAGCUGCGGGAAAUCGAACUCAUUGGAUUGGCAUCUGGAUUUGAUUCGGAUUGUUGUGGGUUCCAUUCAAGCUAGAAUCACUUUUGGCAAUAAAGCCCGGAAGAGGGAGGGGAAGCCAUUCAGUCAGUAUGCUUCUCUGCAAGCAAGGAAGGGCGUUAGGGUUGGUUCGGAUAAAAGGUCCCAACCGGUAAAAAGCGGAUUUGGAGAUAGCGGAGAAAGGGAUUUCCCCAUAGCCGACAGUGCUAAUGUUCCGAUUGGAGGCAACUACCGGGAUUUGACAGAUAUUGGAGAUGCAUCAACCCUUCCUACUUCGGUACACGGAACACAAACCCAAUCGAUAAAGAAAAAGCAGAUCAAAGACUUAUCCUCAAUAGUCAUAAAGGAUCGUAGGCGAUCUAAGGUUACCGACUUCAGUCCUGGGCCCGCCGCUUUCUUGAUUCACUCCAUGACUAAGGACGCUCUUUUCUACGCUUUCUUCAACAAUUCUAUUUCUUAUGCUAUUUCACUCCCUUCCGAGGGUUAG